AGCCUACAAAUCUCCCAAAUACAGUAGCUGUGAUAAUUCUGGAGCGUUUUGUACCCAGAGCCUACUAUGCCCAGAGAGUCCGAAGUGCCCGCAAUGCCCGAAAUGCCUGCAGUCACCGAAGUGCCCCCUGGGAAGGGCAAAUGUACCACUGUUGUCCAACGGACACAGGCGUUGACCCUCCAUAGUAUGGGAGUCAAAACGUCUGAAAUCGAAGCUAAAACUGGGGUCAAAAAAGAGGCACUGAAGUCUCUUCUUCGCAGGGCCAAGGCACGGGGAUAUAUACCAGGUGGCCCUAUCAAGGAGGAACAUGUCGCCAAUGCACCAAAGUCUGGGAGGCCGAAGGUUAUAACCGAGUCUGUUACCCAAGUCAUCGAACAGCUUGUAACCAAAAACAGUACCAGAAGACAGUACUCCUGUCAGCAGAUUGCUGAUACGGUUGCUGAUCAGCUUGGUGGAACACGGCCAAGCCGGGAGACUAUUCGGCGAUCUAUUCGGCGAUGGCGUUACAUGCAUGUGCAUAAAAGUAUCUGAUUUCGGAUUUCGUUUACACAUACAUCCAGUAAUUAGUUGUCGAGGAGUUCUACUUUGGGCAUAAGGAUACAAAGACUACUGCGGGCGUAGAUAUAUUAAUUAAUAGAUGCUCCUGAAUUCU